CUGAAAAAUAAAUAAAUAAAUAAAUAAUUUUUGUAUUUUGUUCUUCAAUUCAAAAUUUACAAACCCUAAGACACACACAACAAAACACAAAACAUCUCUCACGUACUUAGAAAUUCGUUAAGCUAUUCUCUCUUAAUUGAGCUCCGGUGGUCGAUCAUUGGAAAAAAGAAAAGAUAUUGUGAGCCAUCAUGGGAUUCAAGAAGGGAAGUAAGAUUGAGGUAUUUAGCAAAAGCGAAGUGCCUUCUGGUGCAUGGCAGCCAGCUGAUAUAAUCUCGGGCAAUGGACACAAUUACACUGUCAGAUAUGUUCAUUGUCUGGGCGGGACAAACGAAACAGUCUCAGAGAGGGUGUCAAGAAAGGCAAUUAGACCUUGUCCUCCACCAGUGAACUUUAGGUUACUUGGAUCUUCGAGGGAAUUGGUAGCUCACAAAGGUAAUAUCAGGGUGCGCCAAUCAUGGCAAGAUGGUGAAUGGAUUGUGAUUGGGAAGGCUUCAGGGAAUUCUGAGGCACAAUCAAAUAGAACUUCAACAGCGAAUUUUCAAAAGAAGAGAAAAUUUCCGUUGGUGCAAGCUGAUGCAGAUAAAAAAGUGCAUGCUCGAUGUGAUUUUUCUGGCAUCAAGAACACCACUGGUAUUCAGGAAUCACAUGUUGUCUCAGCUAGAACAUUGAAAAGAGCCUUCCCUUUUGUGUCCUCUUGUGCUGAGGCAUGGACUGGAAACAUUCAGAAAUUGAGAGCAAUUGAGAAAGAGGGUGAGUGGAAACGAGUGAUUUCAGGAAAUCCAUCCUCCCUCAAAAACAAGGUAGAUGCUGUUGCUUACCCAAAAGAAAAUUUGGGUGAAACAGACUUGCAUACUUCCUUUAACAAUCAAACGAAUGUCUAUUAUGAAAUAGAGAUGGGAAAAAAAAAUUGUGUUCUCGAUUGUUCUCAGGGAAGGGGCUCAGAUGCUAAUGAUUCUGAUAGUGAUUUAUGCUCUGUUGGUAGUUGUAGUGUUAUUAGUAACAGUACCAGUAAGUUGUCUAGUCAUGUUUUAGCAGGUUAUUGUCAGGAUGCAGGUACCCUUAGUAGUGAUGCCGAAAGUUGUUCUGGUCAUGGAGAUGAGGAAGAAAAAUCCCCCCUUCCUGUAGGUGAUGAUGUAGCUGCAAGAAUUCAUAGUUUAGAGUUGCAUGCUUAUCGUUGCACUCUAGAGGCAUUGUAUGCUUCUGGACCCUUAAGUUGGGAACAAGAAGCAUUAUUGACAAAUCUACGUAUUACACUUCACAUUACAAAUGAUGAGCAUUUGAUGGAGCUAAGGAAUUUAAUAUCUGCUGGAACAAACUUACAUCAUAGUGAAUAGGCCAAAGUUGGAGGCAUGUGUGCCUUGCUUCCACAGGUCUAAAGAUGGGGUUUGGCUUUACUACCUUGUCCUGGGCUUAAUAAAUGGGACAGUAUCAGCAUUGAAUGCUCUACAAAUAAGACAAUUGAUAACAAGCUACUGGAUACUGGUUUCAUCAUCUUCUCUCUCUUGUUUUAUGAUGAAGUUCAUUUCAGGUGUGGUGUUCUGGUGGAACUUUGAACUCAUCCUAGUCCAAAGAAAGUAAAAGCAGAAUCUUGGGAUGGGAUGGAAGGUUCUGUGAUUUGUUUUUAGAUUGAAAAUGUGCAUGCUGACAUAUUGGCUAACUGACUAGUGCUCACUCUUUUUUAUUUUUUGCUUAAUGCAUGUUUUCAUCUUUUCUGAGUAAAAAAAUAUUACUUGAUUUCUAGACUUACAUCCUAAGCCAUCCGAGACAGUAACUCUAUCAUGUAUUAAAUAUUAUCCUUGGGUUGAUUAAAGAAGUGCACUUAUUGUUCCUUGAUCUAUUUUGAUUUCAUUGUGAAUUUAUUUUGUUUUUUUCAUAAAGGAGUAAGAACUUUCUCAAGAAGUGCCAGGGCGCAUGGGAGGUGACCCCCACCCUUUUGCAGUGUAGCAGAAAGGUAGGUGAAGGUAUAUUCUUAACAUAUUGGGUUUUUCCUUCUAAUGAAUAUACUUUAUAGAAAGCUGAAUCAUAUAUUAGUUAAGAAUGUUGUCUUGACAAACCAAACUGCAAUUGGGAAAGUUAAAGGCAAGCAGGAGCUUAAGAUCAAACUUUUCAUAAUAAAAAUGAGGUCUGAUAUUGUUUGAAUCACAUGUUACUUUUAUUCAAUUACUCUAAUGAUUGUAUUUUGUUCUGUGAAUUGCUUUGAAUAUUGUUCUCCAUUUUUAGUUGUAAGUUAAAAUGAUUUGAGUGUUUUACUCAUCACAAACAUGGACAGUUAUCAUACUCAUUUUGGAUCUGUAGAUUAUAUUUAAGUUUGUGUCAUUAAAAAAUUUGAUACAGAUUUUGAUUUGUUGCUUUUCUGGGCAAAAAUAAACAAAUUGCCCCACCAUUCUUGCUUUGCCAUGAGACAUCCUGGUUGUGGCAGAAAGGAUAUCUAAGAUUUUCUUUAUUCCUUUUCUUCAGUUCACAUGAUGUUGGCAUUUACAAUUCCAUUUUGGACUGUAAUUGUCUUGUUAAAUUGCUUUACAUCUUUUCUCUAGCAUCUUGUAGAUACGAUUUCAACAUGAUUUAAAACAGUCUCCUUGCAGGAGGUAUAUUUUGGUAUUUCUUUCUGUCAGGAUGUAAAAUGCAAGCCCUUAUACUAGCUUGGUAAAUUGAGAACUUGUACUUUUGAGAAAUCUCUGUUGUAGAAGUAUUAUUAAAACUAAAUGAAGGGUAAUAUUUAAUAGGGGGGAUUUGAAUGAAUUCGAAUUAAGUUGAGGCUUGAGCUCGACGAGCUCUCUUAAACCAUUUUAAGCAUGAUUCAGCUUGUAGGGAAUUAAACUCGAACUUAGCUUGACUUGAUAUUGAACCAAGCUUAAAUUGAUUAUAAUAUUGUUGGUUUAAUGUGUAUUGGGCAAACGAUGUCAUUUUGAUGUCAUUAUAACUAAUUCGAAUUGAACUUUUUAGGACUUGCAAGCUUGAUUAGUUAAACAUCUCUUAAAGCUGAACUCAAUAACAUCAAACCUUUAUAUUUAAGUUCAAACUUGAGUUUUAUCCAAACUGAGUGCAUUUUACGUUUGUUUAAAUUAAGUCGACAAUUGAAUUUGAGCCAAUUCAGUUUGAAAUCACUCCUAAUAUUUAAAAUGUCACUUGGAUUGCCAUCCUUUUACGGUUCUAUUCUGCUACCCUUUCUGCAGGCUGAUAACUCCAGGAUUAAGGGUGAACUGUUGUGAUUUAAUCUAUAGACUCAGAAGUUCCCAUCGUUGAAUUUAAUCAAGUGGGCAAGGCCAAAGCUUUGAAGACAAGUUGACUUGAAAUGAACGAUAGUUUCACUGUGAACGCCGAUGUGAUUGAAAAUGUGUGGUGUUAUGUUUUGAAUGCUGGAAACAUUAGACUUAAUGCAUCAUGGGGCUGUUUUAUAUCA